CUGAGUCUGCACAGCAGCAACCCCGUUGUUAAAUUAAUUAUUCGGACAAUAAACUGCCAACUCAUAGAUGCUGUUAAUAAACGUCUAUUACUAAAUUGACACAGUUCACUCUCAGAAAAUCGCUAAAUACUUAGAUACACACUCUAAGCAUGAUAAAGGGUAAUGUCUGGCAUUAAAGUCAAUUUAGGCUGCGCAGCUUAACUUAGUAUUAAAACUUGAAGAGGUGAGUGUUUCUAUCAUCGUAGAGCAGGACCUGGACUUGUCACAGAUGUAAAUUUGCAGGUAAUCAGGAGAAAAGAAAUGCUGCAGACACACAUUAGAAUCAGCACAGCAUUUAGGGUGGGGGUGAACCACGUCCUUAAUACACACGUCCUGUAUUCGUACACACCGUUUGUCAGUGAGAGCAAAUCAGACCUUUAGUUUUACUCAGUGAUCAAUGGGUGAUACAGGACUCUGUCUGGUGUGGAGACGUGUCUUAUUCCUAUUGUUUUCGUUUGAAACAUCUUGUUCUGCACACUAUAAAAAACGCUUAAAAACUAUAAAUUAUUUGAGAAAAUUCAACACAUCACACUAGGUUGUUUUUUUGUGAAUGUGAGUGUCAUAAGAAAAAGUCAUUGACUUCAGAAGGAACUUAAAGGAGGUCUAUGUUUAGUUUCAGUCUGAUGCCUGGGAGAGAUGCUCUGGGUGUAACGUCUGCUUACUCACGAGUAAACCAUUAAAUACAUCAACCAAAAACUCUGGUUCACUCUUUACCACUAUCUCAAUGGCAACAGGUGCACAUUAUAGUGGUGCUGCUCAUAUAAUUAGAAUAAAUGUCAAAGGUCAUCUCAGCCGUUUAAAGGAAGUUUUUUUUUUUUUUUUGUUCUGUCCAGCAGUUAAACAAGCAGCAUUCAUUAGACUGAAUGUCGUAUUGUGAUGGACAGCUUUGCUUUAUUUUUUGCUUUUAGAGAAGUAUAUAAAAAUAUAUAUACUCUUCUUGAUUAAUUGUUUAUUUAUUGUUUUAUUUAGUCCAUCCUAAAUAUGUGUGAUGUCGCUGUGUUGGUGGAGAGGUUGAGUUUUUGCUUUGGGGUGUGCGGGGGUGGGGGCGCAACCAGCUGCUGAAACCAAGCAAAUCAGUUAAGCAAGCAAACAACAACAACAAAGUCACAAAAUAAAUAAGUAGGGAUGUACCUUAGACUGACAAAUUCACAACUAAACUGCUGUACUGUGUUUUACCUUUUAAGUUAAUAUUAAUACAAAUCAUAGUGUUAAGGUAUGUGCACACAAUUAUCCAAACAUAUACAUACACAUAUGCAUUGUUAUACAUAAUCUCAUAAUACUUAAUAAUAGCCAUGACAUACAACAUCACUACUACCAUAAUCACACACCACCUACAUUGGUAGUGAUAAGCACCAUCAAUACCUACAGCUAAGUUUAGAAAGCCUGUUUAUCAGCUCAGGUGUUGAGUGUCCCACUAAAAGGUUAGUAAAGCCGUAGCUUAACAUUGUUCACCCAAAGGGUGAGGCAGACGUUGGUGCAUAAAUAAUGGCACUUGUGAAAGCCAGGGUGAUGGGAGGAGCUUUGUUGCUACACCCAAACAACAAGCAGAGGAAAGAAUCCUAGUAGCCAGGGAGCCCACACACCUUCAGUUCCAGGAGGGCAGGUGUUGCGACCCAAGCCGCCCACACAGAACCCCCCACAGAGCUGCAGCAGCCACAAAGACAGCACCCGAGGUCAGAGUGGGCCACCAUGGGUCAACAGUGUCUGCCCCAUGAGAAUCAGGGGCAAACACUGAGAGAGUGGAGCCUGAGGACCCACGGCCCGUAGAGAGACUGUCAGGAGAUGCCCCUACGCCCAGAGUGAGCUCCUCUCCAGUUCAUGAGGAUGAUUUUCUUUGCGACACAGAGGGCAGAAAGAAGUGUGUGUAAAGAGUUUGUCUCUAUGUCAAGCCCACUUAGAUUUCCUAAAAGACAGAGUGCAGGGGCUGCUGGGAAUGGACAUCUUAACCAGGUAGACAGGUGUUCACAUACUCCUUGCCAAAAUUGCUGCACAGGUGAACCAGAAUGCAUGUAGGAAUCUAUCUGCUGUAUUAUCUGUACAAUGAGGGCAAAUAUUUGAGUUUGUGAGACCCAUUUGGAACAUCCUUUUGUCCUGUAUAAUGUUUUCUAUGAAGAAUUGUAUAUUGUAGUAGUUGUAAAUUAGUAUUUUUUGUAUAUUUGUUCUGAAUAAAUUAGAACAUAUAUUAUUCCAGAACAUGUGAUUAGUGGUGAUGUCCAGAUCAGCUUCCCAUUUAGAAAUCGGAAGGCUCACUGUUUGAUCAACGUUGGAAAUGAAAAUAUAGAUUUUUGAUACUGUCCUUUUUCACUGAUAUCAAUAAAUCGUUCUAUUGCUGGUGGUGGUUUCAUCUGGAUAGUAAUAUUCUUAGUUUUUGCAUUAAGUAUUGACUUUAGUUGUUGAUAUUUUGGCAAACUGAUCAGGAGGGCAGGGUCUGUUUUGGGGGUUGGAGCUCGACCCCCUACAUGCUGUAGCUGAGAGGAGGAUGCUGGUCAAACUCCUCUCUAUCCUAGACAACACUUCCCAGCCCCCUACACAGUGUGCUGGCCAAACAGAGGAGCGCCUUCAGCAAGAGGCUGAUCAGUAUUAGGUGCUCCACAGAACGCCACCGGAUAUCCUUCCUAUCGAUGCCAUCAGCCUCUGUCUCCUCUGUCUGGGUUGAUCUUCUGUAAUAAAACUUUAGCUAGUGAUUAGAUGUAAUUAGAUAAUAGUAAUUAGACUUGAUGUGAGUGUGUGUAGAUUUGUUAGCAUUCUAUUUUUAAGCUCCCGUCCUUCUUGUGUGUACCUCCAUCUGUGACAGCGAUCAAAGUGUGCAAAAUAAUUUCCCUCUGGGAUUAAUAAGGUUUUUUGAAUCUUGAAUCGAAUAUUCUAAGAAAUUGGCACUAGUGAUUUCAUAGUGGGACACUAAUUCUUCAAAUGAGGUAAACUUGUCUCUUGUGAAAACAUGUUUCAGAUGUGUUAUCCCUUUGUUAUGCCAAGUCGGAAAGUGUAUUGCCUUUUGGUUUUGUAUGAUGUCUGGAUUGUUACAGAGAGGUGUGUUUUGGCAAAGAGUAAACGAUCCAGUAAUUUUAAGAAAAUCCCACCAGGCUGUCAGAGAUGCUCUUAUGCUAAUGCUCUGGUAGAAACUAUGGUGUUUGAUUUUGAUGCUGAUAAAUGGUAAAUCUGCAACUUUAAUAUUUCUGCAAAAUGUUUGUUCAUUGUCAACCACGAAGAGUCUGUUGGACUGGGUUUUAUCCAUUUGUGGACAUGGUUCAGUCUGUUGGUAAGAAAAUUGUGGUAGAAAUUAGGUAGUUCUAGGCCACCGCAGCGUCUGUAUUUUUGAAGAGAUUUUAAACUAAUUCGUGGUGGCUUGGUUUUCCACAAAAGCUGUGAGAUUUAGGAGUCUAACGUCCUAAACCACACCUGGCCUGGCUGAGUCGGAAUCAUUGAGAAUAUGUUAAUUUUUGGCAGGACCAUCACUUUUAUGAUGCCAAUUCUUCGCAUAAGUGAAAUUGGUAAGGACUGCCAUCUUUUGAGGUUGGCUUUUAUUUGUUUUAAUUAUGGAGAAUUUCUCAUUAACAUGAACAAACUGGAAUCUGUUCAACAAAUAGGAUUUAAACAAUCCCAGUGCUUUUUCCUUUAAUUCCGAUGCUAUGUUCUAGUCUCUGUAAUUGAAUGUUAUGAUUAAUUGUAUCAAAUGCAGCACUAAGAUCUAACAGGACAAGGACAGAAACUAGACCAUUGUCUGAAACUAGGAAGAUCAGUGACUCUAACCAGAGCUGUUUCUGAUUAUGUUUUCUAAAUCCUGACUAAAAAAGUGUACUUGGAGGAUAUUCCUACUCAGGUGGUCAGAUAGUUGGCUACUAUUCUUUCAAGAAUCUUUAAGAUAAAGGGUAAAUUUGAAAUGGACCUAUAGCUAGUUCUCCAGGGUCCAGAGUAGGUUUUUUCAAUAAAUGACAGAGAGCUCCGCAGAUCAACAAUCUGCACUCUGACCUAUCAGGCUGUCCCUGCAGGGACCAGAAGGUUUACCAUAAAGUGAUAAAUGAUGGAGUAUAAGAAAUGUUUUCACAGAAUGAGCAGAACAAGUUUUAACUGGGACUGGUCCUUCAAUAGAGUGAAUUGAUCUUUAUAGAAUUGUAGCUGCUGGUUAAUGUUCCGGUAAAUGACUGAAGAAUUGUUUUUCACUUUUCUGCCACAAUGUUCAAAGGAGGCCUUUUAUUGUGACAUGUGAAUUUCUCUAACUUUGUUUCAUUUUAAGAUAAAAUGUUGCAUAAUGUACAGACGUACUGCUACUUCAGUGAUUUUCUGAAGUUAUUUCUAACUUAUUUCUUAAUUGUACACUUUAAUGUUCUGUUAGUCAGAUAUUUAAAGGAAACCAAUAAUCAGAUGUUCCAGCAGUUACAGCGCCAAUCGGUGACGAGAACCAAAACCUUGUUUUCUCUUGGGUCGCAUCCUGUUUUGUAAUGAUAGUAGCUUUGUGUUAUUAGUUUUGUUUGAGGCACAGCUCGUUUAUGUCCUGCAGGUUUACCUGUGACCUGCUGUUCACGUCGGACAGGACCAGCUGUUUUGAUGUGAAGUCAGGCUUGGACUGGGGUUUUGAGCCCAUGCUCACCAAAGAGCAGCUAAUUGUUAGUGCAGUGUGAGCAGAGUAAACCAGAUCCAGAGCCAUGUCUGAGAACCAGAACCAGGCCAACAACAAUGUUCCUCUGAACAACAACAACAACAACAUAGGACCCAACCGGAUCCGAAACCCCAACCUGAACCAGAAUCCCCUGAUCAAUGUCCGAGACCGCCUCUUCCAUGCCCUCUUCUUUAAGAUGGCUGUCACCUAUGCCCGGCUCUUCCCCCCGUCCUUCAGAAGAGUCUUUGAGUUUUUCGUCCUACUAAAGGCGCUCUUUGUCCUCUUUAUCCUUGCCUACAUCCACAUUGCCUUCUCUCGCUCACCCAUUAAUUGUCUGGAGGUGGUGAGAGAGCGAUGGCCUCGUGAUGGCAUCCUGAGAGUGGAGAUCCAGAGGAACUCCAGCCGGGCCCCUAUUUUCCUGCAGCACUAUGACUCCUCUGGUGUCCAGGAAGAACUGGGAGCAGCGGAAGUGGCAGGUGGCAGAGUGGGGCUGAGCCUGACAGCGAUGCCAGAGGAGGAUGAGGAUGAAGAGGAGUUGACUCUGGAGAUGUUUGACAACAGCUCUGUGCAGUUCGAGCUAGACAUUGAGCCACGUCUGAAGCCGUCUCUAGUUGGACGAAUUGGAUCUGGGGGACCAGAAGGAGGUGCACGAGGAGCCAACGAUAGCCAGGAUGUCUCCUUCAGUCAUGCCACUAAAGCUUGGCCUCAGGAGGAAUACAUCGUGGAAUAUUCUCUGGAGUACGGCUUCCUGCGUCUGUCUCAAAGCACCAGAAAGAGACUCAACAUCCCUGUCAUGGUCGUCACACUGGAUCCCAUGAAGGACGAAUGCUUUGGCGAUGGCUUCAGCCGUUUUUUGCUCGACGAGUUUUUGGGUUAUGAUGAUAUCCUGAUGUCCAGUGUAAAGGCGCUCGCGGAGAAUGAGGAGAAUAAAGGGUUCUUGAGGAAUGUGGUCUCUGGAGAACAUUACCGCUUUGUCAGCAUGUGGAUGGCCAGAACCUCAUACCUGGCUGCCUUUGUCAUCAUGGUCAUAUUUACUCUGUCUGUAUCCAUGCUGCUCAGAUACUCUCAUCACCAGAUCUUCGUCUUCAUCGUGGAUCUGCUUCAAAUGCUGGAAAUGAACAUGACCAUUGCUUUCCCAGCAGCCCCUCUGCUCACUGUUAUCCUGGCCCUUGUUGGUAUGGAGGCCAUUAUGUCAGAGUUCUUCAAUGACACCACAACAGCCUUUUACAUCAUCCUCAUAGUCUGGUUGGCUGAUCAGUAUGACGCCAUCUGCUGCCACACAAACACCAGUAAACGCCACUGGCUAAGGUUCUUCUAUCUGUAUCACUUUGCCUUCUACGCUUAUCACUACCGCUUCAACGGUCAGUACAGCAGCCUGGCGCUCGUCACCUCCUGGCUCUUCAUCCAGCACUCUAUGAUCUACUUCUUCCACCACUAUGAGCUACCUGCAAUCCUACAACAGAUCCGCAUCCAGGAGAUGCUGCUGCAGAACCAGCAGGUGGGCCAGGCCAACCAGACGGCUCUGCAGGACAACCUCAACAACAACCACAGCGAUGCUGCUGCAGGCCCAGGCCCCCAGCAAAGACCACCCAGCACCAUUCAGCCUCAGAUCGACCCUCAGCCGUCGUCUUCCUUGUCCCCAACAACAGGAGGCAGUGGGGAGGUGCGGGCAGAACUGAACUGGGUUGCUCAGACAGCUGCCAUCAUCACCGAGGCAUUGUCCUCCUCUGUCCAGGAGCCAUCUGCUCCGGAGGGGGAUCGCGUAAGAGGUGUAGCUGGAGGUCCGGUAGAAGAACUCAACGUAGUGGCAGAGUUCUGGAUGGGAAGUGGAGGGUCAGAAGCAGAAACAACAGGAAGUGAAGAUCCAAACCUAGUUUCAGUAGAAAUUAAGACUGCAGCAGGAGGAGCCGAUCCUCUAAACAGAGGGCUGCAAACAGAGCCUUCAGAUCUGGUGCCCCCAGAUGCUGAAGACACAAAGACAGACUGUCCCCACACACAGAGUACAGGUACCACUUCCUGAGAAACCAGGCAUCGUUCUGCUGACAGCAUGACAGAUUCUGUGUCAGAUCAGGCUAAUAAUUACUGAUCAAUGGUUGAUUGGUUGGUGAUGGUUUUUCCACGGACGAUCCUCAUUCAGAUCUGAAACUACCCGAAUGGAUUAAACCCAAACUAAUGAACUGAUUAGUUCAGUGAAUCCCAGCCUGAGGGUCAGAGGUCUCAACAUUACCGAGUGAAAGGUCACAAAUAGUUUCUGCAACAAAGUGAUUUUUAUGUUCUUUGUCAAUAUUUUUGGUUUUUGUUUCCCAAAGAAACUGAACCAGUACUGUCAUAAUGACAGACUAACUUUAUCCAGAGUUAAAUUAUUAAAAGUUCCGACAGUGGAUUAAUGACUUCAGUUAAUUUUGAUGUAGACUGAAAAGUGUUUUCAUAUUAGAAAUAUGCUCUUUUUAUUAAAAUGAAUAAAAAUUGUGACAUUUGCCAACAUCCUGUUUGGUCUGAAGCUCAUACAGUAAAUGUUGUGUUUCUUUCUUUUUUGCUUUUAGUUUAAUCCUACAUUCACACCGGAAACAUCCCCUUUUAAAAGCCAAACUAACACAUUGUUGGUCUUGUGUUUGUUUUGGGAUUUGAUUUUUAUAAAGAAAAUAACUGGCUGCAGCUUUAAAAUGAUGCUAAAGUCAGUUGAACACCAUUUUAAAGGAAAACAUUUCAGCUAAAGGCAAUUGAGCUGUUGAAUCUCCAGAAACAGACAGCAGCUCCUUUUAAUUGCCCUCAUAAUCAGUUAAUCAGCUUGUCACACUUUAAACAGUUUUUUUGUAUUUCCUUUUUAUUUUGAAAUCCUGUAAUAAAAAGACUGUAAGAGCAGAAGCUUUAGUUUUGCAGCGUUGUUGUUAAACUCAUCUAUCGGGUUAAUCAGACUGAUGCCUUAUGAAUAACCUUCACAAGUUAGUGGAUCGAGCUGAUUGGUUGUGAAGUUUGACACCAGCAGUGUCACAUGCCAAGCCCCAUCUCCUAACAGGAGUUGUUAGCUUAAUCGAGUCUUUGCCAGAUUCGGUUGUUGUGUGUGGGCAACACCUGACCGGUGACUAAACUAACCUGAUAGAGUGCUUUUCUUCUUGGUGCCUCUGCUGGAUGAAUGAGUAGUUAAAUUGACGACUACUGUAAAUGUCAGUGUAUGUAAAUGUUCAAUAAACUAGUUCACAACAAA